UGUCAGACGUCCGUGUGGUUUGCCUACUUUAUUCAGCUGCUCAUGAUAUCAACACUAGCAGAAUGAAACUAAAAUACAAUUAAAUCAAAUCAGUCUCAUCUUCAAUAACAGCAAUUCAAAUUUGUGUUUAUAAGUAGCUGCUGAUACAGCAAUAAGAAACGAUUAGCAUGUAUCAGUUAGCGUCCGCACGUCAUAAAAAAGAAUCACAUAAACUCGCCCCAAGUAUUCGACCACAAUUGAAAACGCACAAUAAACAGUAACAAAAGUGGUUAUAUACAGCCUUCGCCUCUGGAUGCUUCACAAGCAGCAAAUGUGAGCAUAGGUUGUCACCUCUGUCACUCAGCUGCUCUGUGUGUGCGUGUGUGGGGUGGGUGCGUCUACAUGCACUCUAUGCACUACGCUUUCUGCGCCAAAAUAAAAGCAUGCAUCACAAAACAAAAGUCAAAAAAAAAAAAAAGAGGACUUAGGGGUCGUAAAGUUGACAUGACAUAAGUCAGGUCCAUCAUAACCCAGGGACUACCUUUACUAACUUUCAUCUGUACUGGUUCAGGUGAUACACAGUUCGAUUCAAAUCUUUGUUUUCAAAAACUACUAAGGGAACAUUUUGUAAAUUUUUCAGAAUAAAUGUGUGGAUUUUAUUUGCAAAUUUAAAUUGCAAUAUUUGAACAAAAGAAAUUACAGGUAUUCCCCGGGUUACGAACAAGUUCCAUUCCUACGCUGGCAACGUAACCUGAAUUUACGUGUAAGUCGGAAUUAAUCGUUUAAGUAUCCUUAAAUCUCAAAAUAAUGAUCCAAAAAGCCCAAAGGUAUUGUAUUUUGGUUAAUGAUGGAGGAUACACUGCCGUCAGGUGGCAGCGUUGGGUCUGGCUGGACUACCACCUUGUAUGAUUGAGGAGCAGACUCGUUUGACAUGGAUAAAAAACAGCUGCGCUAUGGUUUGGCCCACAUCAGGCUCUACGAAGACACAUCAAGAGGCACAAGACAAACAGGAACUAUGAUCUUCCUCAUAAUAAUCCUGGUUUUCACAUUGCAAUUAAAUACAAGCUGUGCAGUCACAGUUGGCCCUGGGGACAGAAUAAUUGAAGUGACAACUGGCGAAAUCAAAGAAAGUAUCACUCGUGUCCAGCUACAGACUGUCAAUUACGACCAGACGUCUCCUCUCGAUAUCACAGAAGAAACCAAGGUGCCUCAAGAAACAACAACCAGCUUCACAACAUUUCUAAAUGGUAAUUUAGCUGUAGCAAUGCUAAACACCACGAGAGUAAUGACACGCACCGAACCUCCAGAGAGAUCCACCCAAAGCCAGGACACAGAACAUACCGUCUUGUCCUCUACUACUAAAAUGAUCCAUUCAUCUACAGACUCAAACCUUCUUUCUACGACAACAAUAUAUUCCACCUCAUAUGUUAAAAAUAUACCUACAAAUACAGAUGGGAUUACGACACAGCUUACUGGCUCAUUAAAACCUUCAGUAGGCACAGACAUCACCAAACCAAAUAAAAUCCCAGAAACCUCAAAAGAACAAUCCAAUAAUGUACCAAUUCACAGUAAAGUCGUGGCGGGAUUAAUCGGCGCGGCUCUCUUGGUGAUGAUCGUUGGAAUCGUCAUCAUCUUUGUGAAGAAACGCAAACUUCAAAAACAGCAGAUAACAACAAAUGACUGGGCAGGUCCUUCACCAUUUCUCAGCCAUGGAGAUGACAAUGGACAAGUACCACUGAGGUCAUCUAGCCAGAUACCUCUUGUCAGCUUCCUCUCUCAGAGAAUUUCCAAAAGGUUGUCUUUUCUCCCAGAAAUAAAAGAGGAAUCAGAUUCCACAACAACAGCUUCUACCUUCGGAAGUACGAAACAAGCUGAGUCAAUCUGAACAAGAGCUUGCUACCAAAAGUGCAUUGGAAAGCUAAUUCUGCUAUUGUGACUACUUUAAUGAAGUGGGUGAUCAAGCUACUAAUUGCUUAGGCUAUUGAAUUUUAUUUUGAAAUGUGUCCAGGUUCUUCGACCUGCUGGUACACAUUCAUAUAUGACUCCCUUCUCUCUUCUGUGUCUAACUCACUGCUUGAACUCUCUUCUGAAGGGUUGCCAAAAACAUGUAUGAUGGCUACAACUCCAGCUUCCUUUUAUACCCAUUCAAAAUAAAUGCCAACAUUCAAAGAGAUGUUUGCAGCUGUUAUGGUUAGGAAUAAACGUAAGAAUGUGUGAGCAGAGCAGGUCGUAAACUGUCCCUGCUUACCGGUCCGCACACUAUUUGCACAUACAAGUUCAUAAAGUAAAUGGAAUGGAUGUUUCUAAUUUCCAGGACACCCCAUGAUAUAUUCAGUUCUUUAUCAAAAAUGUUCACAUAUUAAUGUCUGAUCUUGUUUUUCUUUAUCUCUGG